AUGGGAAGGGGCGGCAGGUCAGCGCAUGCCUUUGCGGCAGGCAGAGACGAUAGGAUUGUCAGGGCUCAGCACAUCUUGGAGGGGAGCGUUCUCGCUGACAAUAAGACAGAGGAGCUCAAGCAGUUCGCGGAGGAGAGAGGGCUCAAGACGAGCGGCAAGAGGGAGGACCUCCUGAUUGCCCUGCACCCGUUCAGUAAGGGCAUCGCCCACCGGUACCCCGCCCCGAAGCCGCUGCCCCUGGCGAGACCACCGUUCAAGUUCUCCGACGUGCAGAAGGCCGUCCCUCGGCACUGCUUCAAGCGGAACCUGGCCACCUCCGCCACCCACCUAGCCUCCGACCUCAUCAUGGUGGCCACCUUCGGCUACCUGGCCACCUUCAUCAGCGGUGGAGCCAUCCCGGCCUGGGCAGGAUGGCUGCUGUGGCCGACGUACUGGUUCGUGCAGGGGACGCAGAUGACCGGCGUGUGGGUGCUCGCCCACGAGUGCGGCCACCAGUCCUUCUCCGAGUCGAAGACGAUCAACAACCUGGUGGGCCUGGUGUGCCACUCGGCCCUCCUCGUGCCGUACCACUCCUGGCGCAUCACGCACGCCAAGCACCACAACAACACGGGCUCCUGCACCAACGACGAGGUGUUCUGCCCGCCUGUGCGAACCGACAACGGGAAGUCGCCCACGGCGGAGGAGGACAUGGCGGAGCUGGUGCACGAGGCGCCGCUGGUCCAGAUGUUCUGGAUCAUCUUCAUGCUGGUCCUCGGGUGGAUGCCCGGGUACCUUUGCUUCAACGCGACCGGCCCGUCCAAGUACAACGGGCUCGCGAAGAGCCACUUCAACCCCUGGGCGAAGAUGUUCGAGGAGCGUGACCGAAUGGACAUCGUGACUUCGGACCUCGGCUUCUUCGUCGCGGUGGCCGGCAUCUGCUACGCCGUGCACGCGCUGGGCUUCCUCACGGUGGCCAAGUUCUACCUCGUGCCGUACAUGGUGACCAACGCCUACCUGGUGCUCAUCACCUACCUGCAGCACACCGACGUUUUCAUGCCGCACUUCCGCGGCAGCGAGUGGGACUGGUUCCGGGGAGCUCUCUGCACGGUGGACCGGACGUUCGGCCCCGUCAUCGACCACGUCAUCCACCACAUCGCCGACACCCACGUGUGCCACCACCUCUUCAGCAAGAUGCCCUUCUACCACGCGCAGGAAGCCACUGAGCACAUCCGAGCGUUCCUGGGAGACUACCACUUGUCGGACACUACCCCCAUCCCUAAGGCGCUGUGGAGGUCGUUCACCUGCUGCACUCACGUGGAGGACGUGGGCCACACGGUAUUUUACCAGGCGCACUAAACACCCAUGGGACGCCUCCGUACUUGGGUGUCUGUGUGCGGUACGAGGAGCUGGACGGGCAAGGGGGUGGGGUGGGUCCUGCGAGGCUGCCUUGGAACUCCUUUCUCGUACAUAGAUAGCUAACCUUUCCCCCGUCGCAUCACGUUGUGCUUGGGGUCUACUUGCUGUGGUUGGUCAUUUUUUUUACAUGAGGAUAGUGAAGAUCUAUUUUUGUGUCAAGUUGUGUGCGUUUGGUGUGGAUGGUUCGAUUGUUUUGAAAUCAAGUGGCUCGCACUCCAGGGCGGAUGGAAUGGAGUACGAGCGGGGGGGGGCGGGAGGGCUGCAGGCGACAAGUGGCGGGUGGGCGCUAUGGGUGAGCCAAAAACUGGGAGCGACACGCAUGGCGCCUUUGUUGUUCAUCUUCAAUAGUAACAGAGUCCAGGCUAGUAGGGGUCGGGGGUGUUGGAUGGAAGUGCUGUCGGUGGAUAUGACAAUUAAUCGUGUGUGUGUUCGGCGAUGAAACAACAGUGUGUUCGUGUGUGCUUUUUGAUGUUUCGACGUUACAAUCUAUGAGCUGGUUUUU